AUGUCGCAAGGCCAGUCCAAAAAACUGGACGUAACUGUUGAGCAACUUCGAAGCAUAUAUCACCAGUUCCAUGAUAUCCUAGAAGAGAAAACCGACUUGCAUCUGCCAAAGAAGGACCACGACGACGAUGCUGUUAGAAGAGAGGUUCAGAUACAGUUACAAGAGUUUUUGUUGAGUGCCAUGACGAUGGCUUCAAAAUCGUUAGAAGUCGUCAACGCCGACACACAGGGCAAGACGGUGAAACAGCUGAUCAUGGAGUCGCAGGAGAAGUACAUGGAGCCCUUCAAUCUGGACCUGAAUGAGCAAGUCAGGAAGAUGUAUCAAGAAUGGGAGGACGAAACGGUCAAAGUAGCCCAAUUAAGACAGACAGGGCCUGCCAAGAUCAACGAGGUGUACACUAACUCAAAAGAUGAAUAUCUGACGCAGCUAGAUGGAAGAAUCGGCGUACUUCAAGCCAGAAUGACAGAGCAACAAGCCGCUGACCACUUCGAUGCAGAGGAGAAAGAUGAUCAGGCUACCCCGGCAAAUUGGGAAAAUAUCAGGGACGAUUAUGUGGCCUCGUUGAAUGAGCUGUAUCGAACACAGCAGGCUCUGCCCCAGGUAAGAUACAGCGUGGAGAAAGUCAAGCAUCUAAUGGACUAUCUUGAGAAGGAUUAA